AUUGGCUGAGAGGCCGCUCAUUUAGAAGUAGGGCAGAGGUAACGUCAAGUCCGUGGUGUUUGUGCGACGACUCUGACUGUGUCACAAUGCUGCUCAAUAAGGUGUUCAGAGCCGGUGUGCGGUCUGGGAUCCGCCUCCAGAGCUCCAGUGCAGCCGCAGCCAAUGCAUCAUUGUCUAAUAGCCAAGGAUCUCUCGGCUUCUCGUUUGAGCUGACAGAUCAGCAGAAGGAGUUCCAGCAGCUGGCGAGGAGGUUCGCACGUGAAGAGAUCGUGCCCGUUGCAGCAGCUUACGACAAGAGUGGCGAAUAUCCACUCCCACUGAUCAAGAAAGCGUGGGAGCUUGGUCUGGUGAACGGCCACAUUCCACAGGAAUAUGGUGGAAUGGGCUUGUCCAUCUUUGACAGCUGCCUCAUCACAGAAGAGUUGGCUUAUGGCUGCACAGGAGUCCAGACUGCAAUGGAGGCAAACUCUCUGGGACAAAUGCCCGUUAUACUCGCUGGAAGUGAUGCACAGAAGAAGAAAUACCUGGGAAGGAUGACAGAGGAGCCUCUUAUGUGUGCCUACUGCGUCACCGAACCCGGCGCAGGCUCUGAUGUGGCCAACAUCAAGACCCGAGCUGAGAAGGUGGGAGACGAGUAUGUUGUUAACGGACAGAAGAUGUGGAUCACCAACGGAGGGAAAGCUAACUGGUACUUCCUCCUCGCCCGCACAAACCCAGACCCCAAAUGCCCAGCGAGCAAAGCUUUUACUGGCUUCAUUGUGGAGGCAGACACUCCAGGACUCACACCAGGAAGGAAGGAGAUGAACAUGGGCCAGAGGUGCUCCGACACCAGAGGAAUCACUUUUGAGGACGUGAGGAUACCGAAGGAGAACGUCCUGAUUGGAGAGGGAGCUGGCUUCAAAAUUGCCAUGGGUGCCUUCGACAACACCAGGCCACCAGUGGCAGCAGGAGCAACAGGUCUGGCACAGAGAGCGCUCGAUGAAGCCACCAACUACGCACUGGAGAGGAAGACCUUUGGCAGAGCUAUUGCUGAUCACCAGGCCGUGUCCUUCCUCCUGGCUGAGAUGGCCAUGAAGGUGGAGCUGGCCAGGAUGGCGUACCAGCGAUCCGCCUGGGAAGUGGAUCAGGGCCGUAGAAACACCUACUACGCCUCCAUCGCCAAGGCUUUCGCCGGAGACAUCGCAAAUCAGGUGGCCACCGACGCCGUUCAGGUAUUCGGAGGCAACGGCUUCAACAGUGAAUACCCGGUGGAGAAGCUGAUGAGAGACGCAAAGAUCUACCAGAUCUACGAGGGCACAGCUCAGAUCCAAAGAAUCAUCAUUGCCCGAGAACACCUGGGAAGAUUCAAGAAAUGAGCCCUGCGUCCCGAUUCGUCCGCAUUCACAUGUACUUGUUGUAGCUUUUCUAUACAUAACAUGCGCUCCUGAAAAAUACAUCUGGCCACUUGCACUCAGGACAACUCCAAGUGUUGUUUGCCUUAAUGUCAAAGCAUCCUGCUGCGCUUUGAUUCAGACCCUGAAUUGACCGAUGACAGUAAAUCUUUGUAUUCAGGGAACUUAGACCCUGCAGAGCACAGCCUUCACAAUGACAUAGAUCAUUUUAAAUGCCAUCAAAUAACAAAUAAUCACAUCAUCAUGUUCUGUUUAUCACAUUGACGUUCAGGUAAAUAUCAGCUGUAAAUAGACUUUUGAACAAAAACUCUGCAGGCUGUAAAUACUGGCAGCAGCCCCACAAAUAAACAGUUUAUUAAGCAUUAAUCUGGUGCUAUUUAUCUGCCAAGUUAAACUGUAAAAGUGCUGCUUGGCCAUGUGUGACGUGAUAAAUUCAUAAAGGAAACACAGGCACUUAGGGUUUUUUGUGAGGACAGAUCAUCCAGUUUAAGGGAGGAGGAGCAGGUUCAGUCUGACCUUCAGCCUUACACCAAGAACUUCACAAAUUUGUGUUGGUUUUGCUCACCGUCCUACGGAGCCCGUCUGGUGACAUCGAUAAGAAAGAAAAUAACUCGUUCCCACGCAUUAAUAACUCGUGGCCACGAUUUACUAAUGCGUGGGAACGAGUUGUUUUUAUUUCUUAUCGAUGUUACCAGACAGGCUCCGUACCGUCCUGACUUGCAGUGAACAAAUGACAGUAAUUCAUUGUCUUCAUGCCUUAUUUCAUCCCAGUGAAACUUCCUGCUGAACUUCUGUUUGUUCUGACGAUCGUAUUGUAAAAUAAUUGCUUAAAUCCAUUUCUCGACAGAACAUGUAGAGAUGUUUUAAUAUAUGUAAAAGUGCAUGAUCUUGAAAAAUGGGUUUUCUGCCUGAUGUACCAGUCGUAGCUGCUGUCAAUUUAAACAUGUAUCAAACAUCAGCUUCACUCUUAACCUGUGCAGAUAUCGAAAGUGUGAAAGUAAUACAGACAUUUUGGUUCAGCUGCUACGUAACAUAAUGGUGAAAUCUUCUGUAUGCCAUCCAUUUAUUAAAUUACUCCACUCAUUGUA